AUGAAUAACUGGAAGAAUGGACCACAAAGUUGGACAGGUUCAACUGAUCCCUGCAGCUCCUGGGAUGGAAUUUCCUGUUCUAAUGGAAGGGUGACAGAAGUGAGAUUACCAAGCAUGAACCUGCAAGGUACAUUAAGCGAAGCCAUAGGCCAACUAUCUGCUUUGACGUUUCUGGAUCUGUCUAACAACCUAAAUCUCGGGGGUCCACUUACUCCAAAAAUUGGAAAUCUGAAGAAGCUUACAACUCUGAUUUUGCUUGGAUGCAGCUUCAGUGGUAAUAUCCCAAGAGAGAUAGGCAACUUAUCGCAGCUCACAUUCCAAGCACUAAACUCAAAUAAGUUCACUGGUGGAAUUCCACCAACACUUGGCCUUCUUCCAAAUCUUAUCUGGUUAGACAUGUCCGCAAAUCAGCUCACAGGACAAAUACCCGUUUCUCCAGGGUUGAAUCAACUCGUCAAAGCUAAGCAUUUCCACUUCAGUGAAAACCAGCUGACAGGCCCAAUGAGUGAAAGCCUUUUCAAUGGCAACAUGAACCUUGUACAUGUGAUAUUUGACAACAACAACUUUACUGGACCAAUCCCAGAAUCUCUUGGAGAAGUCAUAUCACUUCAAAUAAUCCGACUAGAUCAUAACCGGUUCAGUGGUCCAGUUCCUGAUAGUAUUGGCAACCUAAGUAAUCUGAUGGAACUAUUUAUGGAAAAUGAUGAUCUCACUGGAACAAUCCCUAGUGCUCUGUUCAGUUUACCCAACCUGCAGCAAGUAUCACUAGCUAGGAAUGCAUUCAGUGGGAAACUUGAUAUGACAGGUAACAUCAGCUCACAGUUGCGGGCUGUCAACUUGACAAAUAAUCAAAUCAUAGAGGCUGAUGUAACAAGAUACAGCAACAGCCUUAUAUUAUCAGGGAAUCCAGUAUGCUUCGAUAACACUAGUUUCUGCACACUCAAGCAAAAGCAGCAAGUGCCAUAUGCCACUAACCUUGGCCCAUGUACUGCCAUUCCAUGCCCCACUGAUCAGUCAGCAAGUCCAGUCACUUCACAGAACUGCGCAUGCACCAACCCCUUUCAGGGUUUGAUGAUCUUCCGAGCACCUGCCUUCUCUGAUGUCACAAACCCCACAAUGUUCCAAAUUCUGGAGUCAACACUUUGGCUGAACCUCAGCCUGGCACCAGGAUCAAUUGCCCUUUCAAAUGUAGAGUUCAGUCCAGGAGCACCUCUAACAUUCACAGUGAAGAUUUUUCCGGUCAGUGGAACGAGCUUCAAUCGCUCAGAUGUUAUAAGAAUCAGUACUGCCCUGGGCAACCAAAUUUUUAAAGCCCCAACUGCAUUUGGACCAUACAGCUUCAUAGCAAGCACUUACUUUCCAGGUCCCAGCAAUAAAAAAUCCUCAAUGGGCAAAGGUGCAAUAAUUGGAACCGCAAUCGCGGGCUGUGUCCUUUUUGUCGGAUUUAUUCUGGCAGCAAUGUACGCUCUACGACAGAGAAGGAUAGCCAAGAAGGCAGUAGAGCGAACUACAAAUCCUUUUGCAUCAUGGGGAGCUGGUGGUACAGACAACGGAGAUGCACCACAACUGAAGGGUGCAAGAUACUUUUCAUUCGAGGAAUUGAAAAAAUGCACCAAUAAUUUCUCGGAAAUCAAUGAAAUAGGAUCUGGUGGAUAUGGGAAGGUGUACAAAGGGACACUCGCAAACGGGCAAAUAGCUGCAAUAAAACGAGCACAACAAGGAUCCAUGCAAGGUGUAGCUGAGUUCAAGAAUGAGAUAGAACUGCUCUCCAGGGUUCAUCACAAGAACCUUGUGAGCCUAGUGGGUUUCUGCUACGAACAAGGGGAACAGAUGUUGGUUUACGAAUAUAUCCCUUAUGGGACACUAAGGGAGAACCUCAUGGGUAAAGGAGUGAGCUUGGAUUGGAAGAAGCGCCUCAGAAUUGCCAUUGGCUCAGCAAAAGGACUAGCAUACCUCCACGAACUUGCUGAUCCGCCAAUCAUACACAGAGAUAUCAAAUCAACCAAUAUCCUUUUGGAUGAAAGUCUCAAUGCAAAGGUUGCUGAUUUUGGUCUUUCAAAACUAGUAUCUGACACACAAAAGGGUCACGUUUCUACCCAAGUAAAGGGAACACUGGGCUAUUUGGAUCCUGAAUAUUACAUGACACAACAGCUUUCUGAGAAGAGUGACGUCUACAGCUUCGGAGUUGUGCUGCUAGAACUAAUAACUGCCAGGCAGCCCAUAGAGAAAGGCAGGUACAUUGUCCGUGAGAUCAGGACAGCAAUAGAUCAGUAUGACCAAGAAUACUAUGGCUUGAAGGGCCUAAUUGAUCCAAAAAUUCAGGAUUCAGCUAAAUUAAUUGGCUUCAGGAGAUUUGUGCAGUUGGCUAUGGAAUGUGUGGAAGAGUCUGGUGUUGACCGCCCAACAAUGAAUGAUGUUGUGAAGGAACUUGAGACCAUCAUCCAGAAUGAAGGUGCACAAUUGUUAAACUCAGUAUCUUUAUCAGUUGAAAAUUUUGGAGAUGCAAAGUACCAAGAUCCUUAUGCAGAACAUUUGCCCAUGAAUGAUGAAAGCAGUAGCAACACCUUUGAUUACAACAGUGUAUAUUCAUACUCAGCUGUUCAACCAAAGUAGAUAUCAGUCUCUACUCUGUUUUUGGUGCAUAGUCCAAGUGAACUGAACAUAAGGGAUGUAUUGUACAAUAAUCACCUUUCCUGUCUGUUGAUAAAUUAGCGCAUGAAUAUUCAUGAAACACUGUGUCAAGACUUGCUUAAGAUGAAACGAUAGUGAAUGAU